AUGGAAAGAAAAUUUACAAGAAACAUUGCUACUUCUUUGGAUGUGUCUCCCACUCAGGUUUUGGGGUGGUCUGGGUGUAAUAUCACGGGUAAUUCCAGCAUUUAUUUGUCAGCAGUUUGUUCUCUAGCACAUGGAUUUAUCAUACAACAAUCUCACCGGGGACGUUCCUUCGUGGCUAUGGGAGCUUCCCAGCCUUACACGAUUAAAUCUUUCAGGCAAUCAUCUGGAAGACCAUCUUCCUGGCUACUUGGCGCUCUUCCCCUUCUUCCGUCAGCAUUAGAAUAUCUAGAUCUUUCAGACAAUUUCUUCAACGGUUCCAUUCUACCAUUCGUAGGCCUCAAUUUAAUGACCUUGAUUUUAUCUGGGAACAAUCUCAGAGGAGCUUUCUCAUCUUCCAUCUGCAGCCCAUACAUAGAAAUCCUGGAUCUGUCCAGCAACAAGCUGUCAGGGAGCCUCCCUUCAAGUCUGGCAAAUUGCUCCAGUCUGGGAGUUCUGAAAAUUACAAACAACGAUUUUGAUGGACAAAUUCCUCAAGACAUAGGAAAUAUCACCUCCUUGGGAAUCCUCCACAUGAAUGACAACAAGCUCAGGGGAUCCCUUCCCUCCUCUCUCAGUUUAACUGGCGAACUUCCUACCAACUUCUCUGGGUUGCAGACAAUGAUAAAUCAAAGCAACCAUGCCUAUCUAAUAGGAUACAAUUACUAUUUCGCCCAUUUAUUCUUUGAGAAUGACAUAGAUUUGUUUAACAAAGGCCAGCAAAUGCAGUAUCAAAAAAUCCUAUCCAUCUUUACUCUUAUUGAUUUAUCGGAUAACCAAUUGACAGGCAAGAUUCCAGAGGAGCUGGGAGUCCUCAAGGCUUUGAUAUCAAUGAAUAUAUCAAGGAAUAAUUUAACAGGAGAAAUGCCUGGUUUCAUAGGGGAUAUUCAAGAUUUGGAAUCGCUAGACCUUUCCCACAGUUUAUUAACUGAGCCCAUCACAGAUAGCCUGGGAAACCUCGACAUGCUGGGCUAUUUAGACCUGUCCUACAAUAACUUUGUCUGCUGUGGGACAAGUGCACCUGCAUUACAGCCACCAGAGGAGGUGGAGGGUCAAGUGGAGGACGAUACAUGGUGGGCUGUGGCAGUAGGGCUAUAUUAUGGAUUGGGAGUGGCUCUGGUUGUUGCGGUAUUGUCUUUUGAUAGGGAGCGAAUGAGGCUGUAUUUCCAAUUCCUGGAUGAUCUCAUCCAUAGGUUGUGUGAGAGGUUGUCAAGGAGAUAA